CGUGAACCGAACCCCGCCGACACGACAGCUGCACGGCAGUAAUGGAGGGAAAGCCACAUCUCCAGCUCCUGAGCCUGCCAACAGAGCUUCGGCAGUAUAUGUGGGCCAUCUACUACCGCGAGGUCGACCGCCCCUGGCUGCGCUAUGCCGUGGAUGUGGGCAGUGGAAUCGAGUCCCAAUGCGAGAUCCCCAAGGCGCUGGCCUCGACCUGCAAGCAGAUCUUUGAAGAGACGAGACCGUUUAUUGGUCAACACGGCAAGCUGGACUUGCAUAUUGUAUACCCGCCUUACAUGCCCACGCAGCUGCCAAUCCUCCCCGCAAAGGACCUCAGAAAGGCCAUCAACCACAUCAUAUUUCAUGUGGCUGACAUCUCAGGUGGGAUCGCCUGGGAUUACGACCGACCUCCCAAACGGCCUGUCAAGUUCCACCGUUUUCCCAACCUGACCGAUUUUACCGUUUGUGUUCCCACGCACGUGCCUAUCCAGGAGCUCUUCCUUCCCGAAUCAGAGCAAAGAUCAACCCAGAUCAGAUCCACAUUUGGGUUGGAUGGAUCCCCGGGUGAAAGUGACGAGUACAUUCCGGCGGCCGUGCUGCUCGACGCGCAGAAUACCUACCGCUCGCUCACUGCGGAUCAAAAGGUUGCCCUGUGGAAGAAUCGUUAUAGCGCCAAGGCAUUCAUCGACUUUUGCUGCCGUGUCGGGCGUGGUGGCUGGCUCAGCCGUGUCGUGGACCCCGGAACACAUCCUCUGCCGUUGGCCCUGGAGGCGGACAUCGACACGGAAAAUACUGGGGAUGCGUGGGAUACGUUUGACGAAGAUUAUGAAGGGAGCGAAGGGAGUGAGCGGAGUGAAGGCGAAGAAGACUCGGAUGCCGCGGCGCAGACUCUCACCGAAUUCAGAGCCGUGGCAGCCAGGCUCCGCGUCGUGGUCGAGUGCGAGCUGUGGGCUACUGCUCGUGGUGGACCACACAAUAGCUACACAACCCAUCCCAUUGAUUCAGAGCCCUUGCUGCUCAGGCUGGAUCCACGCAGGGUAGAUAUACUCGAAAUGAGGCCGCUGGGAGUGGAGGAGUCCAUACUUAGAUCGCAGCAGAGCAAGGAGGCUUCAUAAAGGCGCUGGCGGUGGUCCAUGUUGGACACUUAACCGGCCAUCAUCGGCUGGGCCUACACUUGCACAGGAGUUCGUGUGCGCUUCAACCUAGGCUGUUCAACUUUAACUAUUUAGGCUUGCUAUACAAAUGGAAG